UCCCUUUAAGACAACCCAGCUCACCUGUUUACUUACCUGGGCCAGUUGGUUGCAGAGAACCGGUGAAGAGGCGGAAGUAGGUGCAGCAGCAGCAGCAUGUCCGCCUCAGCAGUUUUUAUCCUUGAUCUGAAAGGCAAGCCACUGAUCAGCCGCAAUUAUAAAGGUGAUGUGAGCAUGUCAGAAAUCGAUUAUUUCAUGCCGCUGCUGAUGCAGAAGGAAGAAGAAUGUGCCCUGACACCACUCCUAUCACGUGGGAAGGUCCACUUUCUCUGGAUCAAACACAGCAACCUCUACUUGGUGGCCACUACCAUGAAGAAUGCGAAUGCCUCCCUGGUAUAUUCAUUUCUUUACAAAGUGGUAGAGGUAUUUUCUGAAUACUUCAAAGAGCUGGAAGAAGAGAGCAUCCGUGACAAUUUUGUCAUUGUAUAUGAAUUACUGGAUGAGCUAAUGGACUUUGGUUUUCCCCAGACAACAGACAGCAAAAUUCUGCAGGAGUAUAUCACUCAGCAGGGCAACAAGCUGGAGACAGCCAAAUCCCAUGUUCCACCCACUGUCACCAAUGCAGUCUCCUGGAGAUCAGAAGGCAUCAAAUACAAAAAGAAUGAGGUCUUCAUUGAUGUCAUUGAGUCUGUCAAUCUACUGGUCAAUGCCAAUGGGAGUGUCCUGCUGAGUGAGAUUGUGGGCUCCAUCAAGCUAAAGGUGUUCCUAUCAGGCAUGCCAGAGCUACGCUUGGGUCUAAAUGACAGAGUGCUCUUUGAGCUCACAGGACGUGGAAAAAAUAAAUCUGUAGAGCUGGAGGAUGUAAAGUUCCACCAGUGUGUGCGGCUCUCACGAUUUGACAAUGACCGCACCAUCUCCUUUAUCCCACCCGAUGGCGAUUUUGAACUCAUGUCCUAUCGACUGAACACACAGGUGAAGCCUCUCAUCUGGAUUGAGUCUGUCAUUGAGAAGUUCUCUCACAGCCGAGUAGAGAUCAUGGUUAAGGCAAAGGGCCAGUUCAAGAAGCAAUCAGUGGCUAAUGGUGUGGAGAUAUCUGUGCCGGUCCCAAGCGAUGCUGAUUCUCCCAAGUUCAAAACCAGCAUUGGCAGUGCGAAAUACCUGCCUGAGAAGAAUGUUGUCAUCUGGAGUAUCAAGUCCUUCCCGGGUGGCAAGGAGUACUUGAUGCGAGCCCAUUUUGGGCUGCCAAGUGUUGAGAAUGAAGAACUGGAAGGUCGGCCACCCAUCUCAGUCCGGUUUGAAAUACCUUACUUCACAGUUUCUGGAAUUCAGGUGCGGUACAUGAAGAUAAUUGAGAAGAGUGGAUACCAGGCUUUGCCAUGGGUCCGCUACAUCACCCAGAGCGGGGAUUACCAGCUCCGGACACAUUAGCCUUGUGACUCUGCAGAUUCUGACACCCACACAGAUGAAGGAGUCUGGAUUCCUAGAGUACCCUUCUCAUAUGUAGAUGUCUCUGUUUGGAACAGAUUUUGUGUGUAUUGUGUGUGCAUUUUCUCUCAGAAUGCCAUCGUGUUCCUCCACUGCCCAACUGCAACUUGAUUUAUCAGCUUUUGGACUAUUAUGCCUAAAAGAAAAUGAUGAUUCCAUUGGUUGAGGUGGGAUUUGUACCACUUCACAACUUGAAUAGCAAUGGACCUGUUUUGGGUGAAAUGCCUUACCAGGGCUUCUUGUGGGAGAGGCUUCCCAGGAGUAAUGCCUUAAUUCAGAACCUUUUGCCUAAGAGGAUUCCAUAGAACAAGAGCAGAUGGGAUUGCUCCCUCAAUGAUGUCCCUUUCUUCUGGGAGCUUGGUGUGGCAAUCUGCCCUGACUUGCAAGUGGCUGAGUCACCCAACUUGAAGGGUGACUCCUGGGUCCCCCUGGGUCCCUAUUCCAGUGUAAAUUGGAUUAGAAAUGGGAAGAUCAGAUAGAGAGAGAUCUCUUCCUACUAUUGUGCGGAAGCUGGAACUGGAGAUUGGAACUCAGAUCUCAGCUUAGGUGCAAAUUCUCUGGGUCCUUCUUUUUCUCAACCUCUGUUCCCUACAUGUAAAAUGAAAAUAACAGCCACCUACCUCAUGGGUUGUAAAGAUGAGUUAUGCAGGUAACUACUCUUCCUUGUCCUUAGAAUAUGAUGAGCGGUAUGUAUAAGUGAAAUCAAUCAAUCAGUUGUAAUGAGGGGGAUUAUGUUGAUGUGUGACAUUAGUCCCAACCCUGCUUUUCUCUCCUAGGCCCCCUCAAGCUUUGCUCUCAAGAAAUAUGGAACUGCUUUCUCUUCCUGCUGUGUUGGACAGUUCUUACAAGUCAAGCCCUCACUGAGUCUACUCUACAGUCAUACUAGCAAAAAUCAUGUGUAUCAAGAGCUCUUAAUUUAAUCCAAAUAUGCCAUAUCACAAGGACCAAACAUGUCUAUUCUGGAAUCCCUGGAACUGCUUUCCAGAAAUGGGGCUCCUUUUAAACUUUUUUCUAUCCUUCAAAGUUUGUGGGGGUGGGUGGAGGCUGUUACAUACAAUUGAUUAGUAUAAAUGCCUUUAUGAAUUUUCAAAGGAAAGCAAAAUGCAGAUUUAGGGGCUCACAUACAAACUAAUGCAGUGCUUAUGAAAGUACAUGUUGCCCAUGCAAGAGGCAGCAAAUUUUCCCAAUCCCCCUUCCCUUUGCCGCCCCUGAAAAUAUGUCACUGAGAAUUGAGGGACCUUCAGGGACAAAUUGGGGGUGGCAAAAACUAGGGACAACAGAAGAGGGCAUUGGCAAAAAUCUCCCCCCCCCCCACUAGAGUGAGCAUGUCAUUAUUCUAUAUGUGAGCCAGGGUAGUUAACACAUACCAAUGUUCUGCAUUUUUCUCCAUGUAUUGCUAGUAGUGCUAAGCUCUAUUGUGUAUUGCUCAGCUCUACUUGCAUACUCUCAAACAUGACUGAUACUUCAGAAUGCAGGAAUCAACCUUACUGUGAUAUCCUUCAAUGUUUUACAAUUCCCUUUGUCCUGUGUAGUCCACCUUCUUCACAUUUAUUAGGGGUUUUCUUUCUCAAAUUGGAAUGUGUACACAACUGCAUGUUCAACAUCCUAUCUUAAUUACUGAAAUCUCCUUUUCACUUUGGCAUAUGACAUCAGAAAAGAGAAUACCCACCUGAGCAGCAAUUAACUUAGCUUUCAUUUAGGAGAACAAAUGUAUCCAUACUUAUGUUGGAAUGACUCCUAUUAGAGGGACUCAGAGAGAUUUAACUUUUAAGUAGCAAUGCAUAAGUCUUGGCUAUAAGAAUUUGGGACGAGAUAAGCCACUAGUUUGUGUAAACCUGCUUAACUGUUUUUCUUUGCUUUGUUCCUGCUGUCUGUGGCUGGAUAAUGUGGAGUGGGAGGGAAGGAAAAAGCAGGGGCUGUGAGGAAAUGGCUUGUGCAAAGGAAUGGAGUGAUGUGUAUUUACCUUCAAAAUAAACUGACAUUGAUGAUGA